AUGCGCAGUUACCGGCUCACCAAGCAGGCAUCUGAUCUGAUGAUGACGAUGAUCGUGGCGAUGGUCCUCGCCUUAUUGUCGGUCAUCGCUGUCGUCGUCGCAGUGGCGUCGGCAUUCCCAGCAGACCCUGUCGACCAACUGCAGCAGCAACAGGCCCCUGAUGCUGGGAACAGUCCACUUCAACUGAAGCCCGAGGAAUACGAUGGGAAUGUGAAGCAGGUCGCAGGGGAUCAAGGUGUGGACCUGAAGGGACUGGCCGGGGCCGAGCACCGCUACCGGGGCUUCGGCGGCGGUUACGGCGGCUAUGGCGGUUAUGGCGGCGGAUUCGGCGGUGGCUACGGAGGAUACGGCGGCUACGGGGGCGGCUACGGCGGAUACCGACGAGGCGGAUUCGGAGUUGACUUGGAAGCUGCUGCUGUGUUGGUGAUCACUGUUAUUUCGAUGAUACUGGUGAAGCCCUUCGACCAUCUCACAACCGAAGAAAGCAAACUGAUACCAAAUGGGCAAGAAAACCUGGUUAUUCUCAUUCGAGUGUUACCGAUUUCCAACCUCAUCAUGAAAUUCUGGAUUGCAACGAUUGGGCUUUUGCUCAUCGCCGCCGUUUGCUCGGCGGUCGCCUGGCCUACCGCCCAGGAAGCCGCGGCGUCCGGGGAGGCCGCAGAUCCAGCGGCGUCCGAGGCACCGCCGGCGGAAGGCGCCCCUGACGUGGAGGAGCGCCACUUCUUUGGUCGCAGACGCUACGGCGGCGGAUAUGGCGGAUAUGGAGGUGGUUUCCGCCGCCCCUACGGUGGAGGUACGGUUCAGUGAAGCAUAAGCUUGCUA